CUUUGAAUGUAUCUUUCUUUUGGAUUAUAAUAGCAGAAGCAGCAGCCACAGCAGCAAAGCCAUGCUCCCUAUCCAUACUACUUAUUUGAUGAUAAUAACCUGAAUUCAGCGUCUCUCCUGGCAUCACUUCUCCAACGACUCUUCUCCUCCAGAUCAACGACAGCACUAGACGUCGCCGCUCCAUCCCCUGUUGGCUUCAUGCCACGCAGUAGUCCUGAUGUUGCCACUUCAGCACUUGACGUAAUUGCUCCCUCCAGCCUCCCAAUCACCAUCCACAAUAGUACCAAUAGCAGCAUCUCCUCCUCUACCUCCGAUGAAGACAGUUGUAGCUGUCUAAGCAGUAGCACAUCCUCUAGUGGCAGUCUGUUAAGCAGCAGCGCUGAGAGUUAUUGUAGCAGCUGUAGCAGUAUUAGUACCACCCUCUUUGAUGACGAACGACUCGUUUUUCCUCCUUCCGACUGCAGCAGCACAGCUGCAUUAUCGGACUUGCUUUGCGACCAUUAUGUUCAGUCGACUCAGGCAGCAGCAGCAGCCGCCGCCGCCGCUGCAGCAGCAGGUGACGGCACUGUCACUUCCACCAACUGCAACAGCAAUAACAACAGCUCCGGUGUAACCAGUACAACAUCCUCCUCCUCCUCCAGAGAUUUGCAAGACGACCCCUAUGACGAUUCUGUAAAAGACGUACCACUGGAGACAUUCCGCAUGUUUGAAGCACCUUCCCCGGAUGACGAUGAACGGUGGGUCAUUUGGCAGAGUCCUAAACACUGGACACCUGUGGAUGAUGACGACGACGACGACAACAAUAACAAUAAUAUUAGCACCGACAGCACCGACAAUGCCGAUGUAACGCAUAGCAGCCUUGUUGAUGAUAACAAUCAUCACAACAACGAUAUCGUCACCAAGAAACUACCAUCCACAGUAACGACCAAAAAGCCCAAAAGACAAAAGGGAGGACGAAAGACAACAAUGCCUAAUCCUAAGGAGUGUCGGCGAGUCCGAGACCUUCGCAUCAACUGUGCACAUCUACGCAUGAUCGUUGCCGAGGCAAACAUGAUGCGGGCCCAGAAAAUUGUAGGGCCAUUAAGGCCACGAGGUUAUCUACCCAAGCGGCUGGAUGCAUUUGCAUUGAAUCGUCCGAGCUACUUACAAUACCCAGUGCAAUAAAAGAAAUAACCGAUAGUCAUCUAUACGUACUACUAUACCAUACGUUUUUUUACAUCUUCUACAUACAUAAAAGUAACCUUUCAUUAUUUAUCUAUACACCUUAUUGGUCUUUUAAUAUAGUAAUCCAUGCAGAUGUUCAUGGAGAGACUUCUUUUGUUACGAAAAUGUACAAGCGUUGAUGGAGACAACGAGGAUUUUGGGUGUGUGAGUGUUGAGUUGUAUUUGCGUGUGACAGA